AUGGGUGACAAAAAACCUUUCCCAUGGGACUUGGGUGUUUUUGAUGCACACUGUCACCCGACAGAUAACAUCGCCAACAUCUCGUCAAUCCCGGAUAUGCAUGCCAAAAUCCUGACCAUCAUGGCCACACGUGCUCAAGACCAGGAACUAGUAGCUGAGACGGCCGACAAGCUAGGUGUCAAGACAAAGUCGGAUCAAGACUGGAGCUCUCAGCAAAAAGUGAUACCAUGCUUUGGCUGGCACCCGUGGUUUUCACACCAGAUGUUCGACGAACAGGUCUACCCUGACACCAAAACCCUUACACCAGAGCAGAAGAUCGCACACUACCAUUCCGCUCUUACACCAUCCCCCACCGAUCGCGACUUUCUCCUCGCCCUCCCCGAUCCUCGCCCCCUUUCAGUCUUUCUUGCUGAAACAAGAGCCUAUCUCGAGAAGUACCCACUGGCUUUGAUUGGCGAAGUAGGCUUGGACAAACAAUUCCGCAUCCCCGAAGCCUGGCUACCAGGCCAGGAUACCGAAAGAGACGAGACUACAACGCCCGGCGGUCGAGAGGGGAGAAGCCUCUCACCCUAUCGCGUCUCCAUGUCGCAUCAGAAAAAGGUCUUGCUGGCUCAACUACACUUAGCAGGAGAACUAGGACGCGCAACCUCCGUUCACGGCGUCCAGGCCCACGGCGUCCUCUUUAACACUCUACAAGAGACCUGGAAAGGGCAUGAGAGAAAAGUGCCCAGCAAGCGCGAACGCAAAAAGCAUGAGGCCACCAACUCCAUAUCCAUGGAAGCCAACAAUCAGACUGGAGAGGAAGAGAGAAAGCCAACACCAUAUCCGCCACGUAUAUGUCUACACUCUUACUCCGGCCCCCCAGAAACGAUUAAACAGUACCUGGACUCGCGCAUUCCGGCCAAAAUCUUCUUCUCCUUUUCUUCUGUGAUCAAUUUCUCGCAUGCAGGAGUUGCGAAGACUGAAAGUGCCGUUGCAGCAGUUCCUGAAGACAGAAUUUUGAUAGAAAGUGAUCUAGACAAUGCUGGCGAAAGAAUGGAUGGCUACCUCGAGGAGAUCGUAAGAAAGUUGUGCGAAAUCAAGGGCUGGGGGUUGGAAGAUGGAGUCAAGCAAUUGGCUGCUAAUUGGAAAAGUUUUGUCUUUGGUGAUGUGUGA